AGGUUAUGUCUAACGUCAAACUUGUCAUAUAAUUUUAUUUAUAUUAGAAUUUUAGGGAAUCAAAAUGUCCGCAUUCAAUGCGCCAGAUCUUUCGCAGGCCCAUCGAGAGGUGCUCGAGGCCCGGGCCAAAAGGGCCGCCGUUCUGCGCGAGCAAUUCCUAAAAGAGAAAUUCAAUCCCUUCAAACAUGCCACAGGAGAAGGAGGCACAGUGUUCGAUCCAGCCUUGCAAAGGUUCCAAGCGUUGCACGUAUCGAAUUUCGAUCACUUCAAACCCACGACGAGGACCAUCAAAGGAGUGUUCGGCCUUUUCAUCAUACCGUUCGGCCUCACUUGGUACCUAGUUUACACCUCGAAAAAUAACAAGGAGGCCAUGUACAGAAGGGGAGAAGUCGCAUACAAAGAUAGGAAAUUUAAAAUGGCUUGAAUUGAAUCCGGACAGUUGUAAAUUCGUUGUAGAACAGUGAGAUAUAUUGAAAUAUACAUUUAUUAUACAUAGUGUAA